GUUCUCAACUUCCACCACUAGGGUGCGCAAUCCUAUGUUUGGUGCUCAGCCAUGAUGUGAUUGGUCAGGUUACCGACCACGUGAGGGAGUCAUGGCAGCGGCCUCGUGUCCCACAUGAGUUUCUGUACCUUACGAACCUGUGUGGAAGAUCGGACUAAUUCAACGCUAACGUACUGGAACCCCCGUGUGGAGACUUAAUAGCGACACUAUGAAGCUCAAGAAGCUCGUGCCGACAGGCAGACUGGCGGCCAAACGAGGCAUCCGCGUCAAAGGCAAGUGGAAACCCGUGGCGCUGGACCCGAGUCUGUUUGCUGACGAGGGCAUGGGAGGACUGAUCUGCUUCGAAGAGGUGACCGACUACAUGCUGGUCGAUUCAGACCGAACCCCUGGCGCAGCCGAGGAGAAGAAGAAGAAGAAGAAAAAAAAACGAAAGGCAAGUGAACUGGACACUGAGGAGAAGACAGAAGAGGGUGGAGAGCUGGAGGAGCAGGUGGAGGCUACAGGCGAUGAUGAAGAUGUUGAGCUCACAGGGCUGGAAGGAGAUGAUCCAGACUUGACCGACAAACCACCCAAGAAGAAGAGAAAGAAGCAAAAGAAGAAGAAGAAACCUACAAGCGAGACUACAGGACCGGAGGAGGGUGAGGAGGCUGAAGAUCAGGCCGUGAGAGAGGGCGAGGAGACCACGGGGCAGAGCCAGGAUCCAGAGACGGAAGACGACAAGUCCAAAAACACAGACAAGAAGAAGAAAAAGAAGAAGAAGAAGAAGAAGAAACCUUCAAGCGAGACUACAGGACCGGAGGAGGGUGAGGAGGCUGAAGAUCAGGCCGUGAGAGAGGGCGAGGAGACCACGGGGCAGAGCCAGGAUCCAGAGACGGAAGACGACAAGUCAUCUGUCAAGUCCAAAAACGCAGACAAGAAGAAGAAAAAGAAAAAGAAGAAGAAGAAGAAGAAGCAGCCGGAUGUCACAGAACAAACUCCAGUGGCCUCCCAAAACCCAGAGUCCACGCCGGCGACACCUCUGGCCAAGAAUAAGAAGAAGGUGAAGAACUGGUCCAGUACCGCCCUGGGUCAGGCCGCUGACGUGUCUGCGUGGAAGGACCUGUUCGUCCCGGAGCAGGUGCUGCAGGCCCUGAGCAAGCUGGGCUUCUCGGCGCCAACGUCCAUCCAGGCCCUGGCCCUGCCUCCGGCCAUCAGAGACCACAUGGACAUCGUGGGAGCCGCGGAGACAGGCAGUGGCAAGACCCUUUCAUUUGGCAUUCCUUUGAUCCAUAAUAUCUUGGAAUGGAAACGUGUUUCUGAGGAGUGGAAGAGUAGUCAGAACGCCGGGGCAUCAGAUGCCACGCCGCAGGACGAGAGUGAGGGCGCAGGGGCAUCAGAUGCCACGCCACAGGACGAGAGUGAGGGCGCAGGGGCAUCAGAUGCCACGCCACAGGACGAGAGUGAGGGCGCAGGGGCAUCAGAUGCCACGCCACAGGACGAGAGUGAGGGCGCAGGGGCAUCAGAUGCCACGCCACAGGACGAGAGCGCGGCUUCUCCUCUAGAGGGCGCUACUGCGGAACAGUCAGCGGAGAGCAGCACCAAACAAAGUGAAUCUGUCGAGGCCUCUGAUGAGACUCCGUCUGUCGAGGCCUCUGAUGAGACUCUGUCUGUCAAGGUCACCGGUGUGACUCCGUCUGUCCAGGUCACCGAUGAGACUCCGUCUGUCAACGUCACAGAUGAGACUCUGUCUGUCAACGUCACCGAUGAGACUCUGUCCAUCAAGGUCACCGGUAAGACUCCGUCUGUUGAGGUCACCGAUGAGACUCCGUCUUUGGCACUGACCGAACCAGACGCUGAAUCAGAAGAAGAAGAAGGAGGAGACGACAUGGGGGAAAAUACGUUGGUACUGGAAGAUGAUGAUGAUGAUGAUGAUGAAGAGGAGGAUGGAUUGGAGGAAGAGGAAUCUGGUGUACAAAGUGAUGACUCUGCCAAUGAUUUAGAUGACCAGGAUUCUAAUGAUUUAGAUGACGUUGAUAAUGAUUUAGAUGACGGUGAUAAUGAUUUAGAGGACGGGGAUAAUGACCAACGCGGGUGUCUCCAAAUAAAGACGGCACAGACCGCCAUGGGUGAAUCUGAAGAGGGGGACGUGAAGACCAAAGACAAGCAGCCAUUACUGGCCCUGGUUCUCACCCCCACCAGAGAACUGGCGGUGCAGGUGAAGCACCACAUCGACGCUGUUGCUCAGUUCACAGGCAUAAGAACAGCACUCAUCGUUGGUGGGAUGGCCCCACAGAAACAGAACCGGGUGCUGAGUCGGAGGCCAGAGGUAGUCAUAGCGACCCCGGGCCGCCUGUGGGACCUGAUCAGGGAUGGGCACCCCCACCUCCAGAACCUCCGCCACCUCCGGACUCUGGUGAUCGACGAGGCGGAUCGCAUGGUGGAGAAAGGCCACUUUGCAGAGCUGGAGAACCUUCUAGAAAUGCUCCGCACGUCCCAGUUCAACCCCAAGAGACAGACGUUCGUGUUCUCGGCCACGCUGACCAUGGUGCACAGCCUGCCCAUGCGCGUGCAGCAGAAGAAGGGGCGCAAGGUGGUGCCCAACACCAAACUAGACCUCCUCAUGCAGAAGGUGGGCAUCAAGGACCGGCCCAAGGUCAUCGACCUGACCCGGAAGGAGGCGACGGUCGAGACGCUCACGGAGACCCGGAUCCACUGCGACAAGGAGGAGAAGGACUUUUAUCUCUACUACUUCCUGUCGCAGUACCCGGGCCGGAGCAUGGUGUUCGCCAACAGCAUCGACUGCAUCAAGCGGCUCAACUCCCUGCUCAUGAUCCUCGACCACACGCCGCUGCCGCUGCACGCCAACAUGCACCAGAAACAGAGACUCAAGAACCUGGAGCGCUUCGCCGAGAGAGACAACUGUGUCCUUCUCACCACGGAUGUCGCCGCUAGAGGGCUUGAUAUUCCAAACGUCCAGCAUGUCAUUCACUACCAGGUUCCGCGUACCUCCGAGACCUAUGUCCACCGCAGUGGACGGACGGCCCGCGCCACCAAACAGGGUCUGAGCUUGCUGCUGAUUGGCCCAGACGACCUGAUGAAUUUCAAAAAAAUCUACCGAACUCUAGGGAAGGAAGAGGAUGUCCCUAAUUUCCCAGUCCAGAUCAAAUGCAUGGCUGCCAUUAAGGAGCGCGUGAAACUGGCCUGGAAAAUAGAGAAGAUCGAGUAUCACAACGGCCGACAGAAACAGCAAAACUCCUGGUUCACACAGGCGGCGGCGGCCAUGGAGAUCGACCUGGACGAUGACGUGCUCACGUCUACCGGUCGUGAUGAGGAGGAAGACGCCCAGCACCUGAGGAUGGUGAAGGGCAUGAAGAGGCAGCUGAAGCACCUGAUCUCCCAGCCCAUCUUCAGGAACGACAUGAAGACCAGGUACCCCACGCAGAUGGGCAGGCUGCAGCUCCCUGAGCUGCCAUUGGCCAACGUGGAGACGGCCCUGACCAGUGUAGCCAAUCAGAAGCAGCAUGAGAAGAAGAGACACCAAAAACCCAAGAAAUUCUUUUAGAGCUUUGGACCGAACCGGAGUGAACUGAACUGAACUAGGCUCUACUGAGACCAACCCUGGGUGCCAACGCACCUCAACCCAAACCCUGGGUGCCAACGCACCUCAACCCAAACCCUGGGUGCCAACACACCUGAAACCCAAACCCUGGGUGCCCACGCACCUGAACCCAAGGAAGAAGAAGGAGAGCUUUGGACCAUCAACUCAGAAGAGACUGAUUUAUGUUUAUAAAUAAAUAAAAAAAACCUGGUAUGAAAUGUCUUGGACUGGCUGAAACGGAAAUGGAGAAACCGGAAGUGGAGAAACAGGAAGUCCAGGGAGAAACAGAGCUCUGGGCCGUUAGCUCUGAAGAGACUAGUCAUGUUUUUUUUUUAAGCGAUUUCUUGGAGUGGCUUCAGCAUUCAAGCAGGCACGGUUUUACAGCGAUGGUUGAAAGUUGGGAAAACUGUUUAAUGAUGACAUAUUAUGGCAGUGAUUCUAACAGAGGUGGAGCCAUAUAAGAGCAUCAUGUUAAACUUCAACUGUAAAGUGUUUGGUUUGGUUCUUGUACAUGUUUUGUAACUAAGAACAACAUAUGACCGUAUGUUUCAAACAUAAAACAUAAAAGUUUUAAAUAAUGAG